UGUUCCCUGGUGUGCGAGGCCAGACCACGUUUCUGGGUCAUGGAUUUUGAAAAUCUGUUCUCGACCCCUCCCAACCCGGCCCUCGGCAAGAGAACGGACUCUGAGGAGAGAACCAGCAAUGAAAAAGAUGACACCAAACUUAAAGAAACACAAGGAGGGAAAGUCAAAUGGAAAGUAAAACUGAAGUCUGAGAAAAUUCCCAGAAAACUUAGGCACUUUGGAAACUCUACAGCAUCACCAAAGAGUUUACAAUACAUAAAAUCAAGAAGUAAGGACUAUGAUACAUAUAGUGACAAUGACAUAUGUAGUGAGGAACAGGAAGAUAACUUUGCCAAAGAACUUCAGCAGUAUAUACAAGCUAAAGAAAUGGCAAAUGCGGCUCAGACUGUGCCAUCUCCUGAAGAACCUAUGAAGACAGAGGGAGCAAAAGAUCGACAGCAGGCUGCUAAACAAAAAAAUAAAAAUCUUAAAGCUGGUAAUAAGAACAGCAAACAGAAGAAACUGAAGCGCAAAUGGCCAAGCACUGGAAACAAAGGAUCUGAUGCCUUACUGAAGAACAGGGGCCCGCCCAAGGAGGAUGGAGAACCUCAAGAGAAGCAGCAACAUGUAAGAAUGAGUCAGGAAUUCAUCAACCAGCACACAGUGGAACGCCAGGGAAAACAGAUUUGCAAAUAUUUCCUUGAAAGGAAAUGUAUUAAGGGAGACCAGUGUAAAUUUGAUCAUAAUGCAGAAAUAGAGAAGAAAAAGGAAAUGUGUAAGUUUUAUGUACAAGGAUAUUGUACCAGAGGUGAAAACUGCCUGUAUUUGCAUAAUGAAUACCCUUGCAAGUUUUAUCAUACAGGUGCAAAAUGUUAUCAAGGAGACUAUUGUAAAUUUUCCCAUGCUCCAUUGACUGCUGAAACACAAGAGCUAUUAGCUAAAGUUUUGGAUACUGAAAAGAAGUCAAAUAAAUAGACAAGAAAGCUUUGUUUAGCUGAAGAGGGCUUAUGCCUAUGCCUGUUCAAGACUGUUCAAGACUGAUGAUUUGGACUAGUUAACAAGAUCCAAAGUACCUUCAUUUCAUCGUGGUGGUGUGCAACUUCUCUAACAGAUGGUGCAGAGGGGCAGGUCUUGUACUCACAUGAAGGGCUGGGUCUUCACUGGGGCAUCUCAGCUACUGGAUCAAAAGAGGAGCAUAAAUGGCAGAUAGGCUGGCUAAAAAGGAAAUGUUGUGGUAAGAAACUACAGAAGUCCCUUAUGAUGGAGAUGUCUUAAUAAAAUAGGAAGCAAAGUUAGUCUGCAUAAGAAGGGGUAAAGAAUUAGGAUAAUAUAAAAAUAGGGCUCUACAUUUCAUUAAAUACUUUUUUAUACAUAUUUUUAAUGAUGGUUCACAACUCCAUUUUAUGGUUCAAAAUACUCCCUGAUUUUUUUAAAAUCAGUUUUCCCUUAGACAUUUGUUUCCAGUUUCUUACUAUUAUAAAUAAAAUGAAGUAAGAUUUU